CACAGACAGCCAGUACUACAACAACGCAACUAACAUGAACAUCAUAAGAAGAAGUCUUAGUUCGGCAGCUCCAGCUCAAGCUGUGGCCAGGAAACUCAAAUUCACCGGCGAAAUCAAAUUAAGAGCACCCAUCGUGCCUACCCACCAAAACUUCGAUGUCAACCCCAACCAUCCAUUAUGGCAAUUCUUCCCUGACAAAACCACGGCUCUCCGUGAAUCAGAACAAUUAGACUUGGAAUCUAGAGAAUGGACCAUGAACGAAUUACGAAGAAAGUCCUUCGACGACUUGCACAAGAUCUGGUACUUGGUUUUAAAGGAAAGAAACAUCCUCGCCAGAGAAGUUAGAUUAGGUGAAGCCGUUUAUGCCGAUACUUCCAAGUUCAUUGAACUUGACGAGAAAUUAGUCAAGGUGCAAAAGAGAGUCAAGAACACCUUGUUAGAAAGACAGGUUGCCUACGAACGUGCCCAAUUAUUACAAGAACAACAAGACCUGUACUUGUCUGAAUUCAAACAAAGAUUUAUAAACUGCGAAGAAUCGGAAUCCAACGACUAUUUUGACAAGUUGAUCAGAUUACAAUACGCUUUCUUCGGUAUCAAACCAGACAUUCAAGAUUUCGACAUAGACCACGACAUAAAUGUCAAGUUUGCCCAAGGGUUGAGCUACAUCGCCGACAUAAAAUUACAAAGAUAUCUCAAACUUAACCCAGACUUACAGUUUGCCCCACUUAACGGAGUCAUGGAGGAAUUACCAUUCUUGUUGAACGACACUGCUGAUGCUAUUGAAGAGGUUAAGGCAUUGAGAGAAUCAGGACAAUCCGUCAAAUUGCAAAAGAUUCAAGUCUUGCCUUUCUUGCGUAAUGCUAUUGAAAAUGUCUUGAAGGUGGUUGAAAACGAGCAAGAAGAAGAUUAAAUUAUUAUAACUUGUAUAUAAAUAUAUUACUGUCGAUACUGUACUGUUCU